AUGGGAAAGCGAAAAUAUAAAUCUGUUCGAAUUUCAUUAUCAAUGAAGUCAAAUGAAACUACAAAGGGAAGAUCAGCUAUAAGUGUUAUGCCAAAGUGCCCAAUUCCAAAAUUAUUGCCAUAUGACAAGCUUGUGAAAGAAAUAAACGAAAUUGAGAUUGGAAAUGUGUACAGGUUCGAUGAAGAGUUUCCAGGGGCAAUCGGAGAUGAACUUACUCAAGGUUGUUUUCGAAAGUUAGUUGAGUACUUGCCACGCCUGGCAAAAUUCUACCUCAGAAAAGAUAGAAAGGAAGCCCUUCUGUGGUUUGGCAAAACUGAAGGCACUUUUUUAAUUGCUGUGGGUGGGGAUGGUUGCCCAUUCGGAAAGAAUGAGUCAGCUUGUUCUUUUUUGUUAAGUUUCAUGAAUGUAGGUAAACGAGUUGCAUCGAGCAAUGACAACUUUAUUAUUUUUGGUGGAAAUUGUGAGGAAACAUCACUUGUUGUGCGUAAGUAUUGUCAGUUCUUGUGCAAAGAAAUUUGUGAGAUAGAAAACAAAGUCUUUGAAAUUGAGGGCCUUCAUGUUACAUUCAAAUGUGCCGAGUUACCUAAUGACAUGAAAAUGUUGGCCAUGUUAGGUGGUGAACUAUCUAACAGUGCAAAAUAUUUCUCGUCCUUUGCAAAUGUGUCAAAAGACAACUGCACAGACCUGAAGGGGACAUUUGCAACUGAUAGCACAAGCUUAUGGCAUCCAUGGAAAUAUGAGGACAGAAUUAAAAUUGCAAAUGAGGUUGAGAAAUUUAAAAAAACCUUGUCUGAGAAACAGCUAAAGGAAAAGCAAUUUCGUAGCAAAGUCACUGAAUUUAUAGCGCGUAAAAAAAGUAGACAAGAGUUUGUUCCCUUAAUUGGCAAAUUGAUUGACCAUGCCCACGUGGAACCUUUACAUGUUAAGAACAACGCAUGGCAAUAUUUCUUCAAAGAAGUGUUAAAAGAGGCACUUGCAAAAUCAAAUAUUGCAGACAGCUGCAAAAAGUUCUCAGACAUCCCCAAUGACAGCAUAAUCUCAAGGGUUGUGACUGCACUACAGUUUGAGGUGAAAGCCAAAUGUUUGGCAAGGAAAGUAAAAAACUGGUUUGAUGAGACACAAGGAAAGGGUAAAGAUCUCCAGUACAGAUUCACUGGGAAAGAUUCGAGGCUACUUUGCCACAAUUUUAUGAGACUAAUUAGAUGGCUUAGUGGAGAAAAUGAUUCUGAGCAUCAAAGAACAACAUUAUUAGUUCUUGCAUAUCUUGGACUGAGACUAAGGGAUUGUGUUUCACUAUUCAGCAGGUUUGAGAUUUCAGUAGAACAGCUCACUCAAUUAAGUGUUGCUGCUUGUGAAUAUUACCGGGUAAAUGCUUUGUUCCUGUCUUCUUCCGUAAAUCCAACCGUGUGGACUAUUGGACACAUUAUUCCUGCCCACACAAAAGAUGUACAUGAGAAAUAUGGGCAAGGCCUUGGGAUUGUAACUAUGGAAGGGAGGGAGGCUAAGCACAUUGCUUUAAAAAAACUCAGUGAGAAUACUUUCUUUCACAGACGCUGGUAUGAGAUAUUUAAGCAUGAGUUUGUAAUGCUGGUAUGGCUUCCUGAACAAGGGUUUGAUCUUAGUACAUAUAAGCACAAUGGUAUAUACAUACCAAACAGGGUUUUCUCUGACACAAGGUUCUGUUAUUGCAACCUAGAAAAAACUGAUGCCAGUGAUGAAAAAUGUUCAUUCUGUGGAGAUCCAAUUAUGGCACUCAUCCAACAGAGUGUUGAGCAGGGGAAACUUUUGCCCCAAAUUGCCCAUCAAGUAUCUGCG